AAAAAUGAAAUUAUUUAAAAUGAAAAAAGAAAAACUUGCAAGCGAAGUAGGGAAGUCCGAAAUUCUAAAACCCCAAAAACCGUAAACCCUAAACUAAACUCUUCAUCUCAUUCUGCUUACUUCCCCAUUCUUCUCCCUUUCCCUUCAGAACCCCAAAACCUUGGGAACCAUGUCGACUCUCUCUCGUAUGGCUGCUGGCAAAUCCCUCUCCGGCCAACUCUACAGGGAGCGCAACCUCAAGCGCCUCGUCGAGAAGUUCAAGGAAUCAUCCACCGUCGACCGCUUCCGCACCAAGACCGGCGUCUACGAAGACACGGUCCGCCGCCUUGCGGCCGCGAAGAAGUUCCAGUGGAUUGAGGAGAUCUUGGAAGAGCAGAAGAAGUACAGGGACAUCUCCAAGGAAGGAUUUGCGGUGAGGAUCAUCAGCCUGUACGGGAAGUCGGGCAUGUUCGAGAAUGCCCAGAAGUUGUUCGACGAAAUGCCCGAUCUGAAAUGUGACCAAACCGUUCUAUCUUUCAAUGGCAUCUUGUCUGCUUGUGUGAAUUCGAAGAAGUUCGAUGUGAUUGAACGGCUGUUUAGGGAGUUACCGGGGAAGUUGUCGGUGGAGCCCGAUUUGGUCUCAUAUAACAUUGCUAUCAAGGGAUUCUGUGAGAUGGGUUCCCUAGACUCUGCAACUUCGAUGCUCGAUGAGAUGGAGAAGAAGGGUCUGGUGCCUGAUUUGGUCACGUUCAAUACUCUUUUGAAUGGGUUUUAUGGGAAGGGUAAGCUCGAUGACGGUGAGAAGAUUUGGGGUAGAAUGGAGAGGAGCUGUAUUGCUCCUGAUGUCAGGAGCUACAAUGCAAAGUUAGUCGGACUGGCUUCGGCUAAGAAAAUGAAGGAAGCUGUUGAGGCUAUCAAUGAAAUGAGGAAGAAGGAAAUCAAGCCCGAUAUCUUUAGUUUCAAUGCUCUGAUCAAGGGCUACGUUGACGACGGUAAUUUGGAAGAAGCUAAGUUCUGGUAUGGGGAGAUAGAGAAGAGCGAACACGAUCCGAGCAGAUCUACUUUAGCUAUGCUCAUUCCAUUUGCCUGUGAUAAGGGUGAUCUGGAGUUCGCAUCUAAACUCUCCGAGGCGGUUUUCCUUACAAAGUGCCUGAUUGAUUCGACAAUUCUGCAAACGGUGGUAGACAGUUUGGCGAAGGAGUCGAAGAGUGAGGAAGCGAAGAAGCUUGUGCAGCUCGGGAAGAGUAACAAGUACCGCCUCUAUAAGUUGAAACUUCCUUCAGGGAAUUAGUUUGCAUUAUUGGGUUUUUAGGAGUUAGAAUCAUCAUUUCGUUGUAACAAAACUUAAAAAGCUGAAGAGGAACCUUCUUGGGCUACAGGCUACAAAGUUUUGAGUAAGUUUUUCGUCUUAGCUAUAAUCGAGCUCCUGCCCGCAAAAAUAAUUGCUUACGUGCUCUUUCUGAAGGAUUAGGCUUUUGAAGUUUGGUACACCUAGUAAUUAGAUGAAUUUGCUUAUGAUCAUUGCCUUACCCUUAUGUAGGAGCUGCUUUCUGUUUCCUAUUAUUACAAAAAACAAGGCUCGGCAAUACGAUCGGGGCAUGGGUGUUUCCUGUUCAGAUAUGGUUAUGGCUAAUUGGCAUCUUGGUCGCA